GCGACCAUCCGCGAACAUCUUUCUCCGCACGCAGCCAUGAGACUACUAAUCCUUCUGAUUGCGGUAAUAUCUGCCGCGUGGGCGCAAACGAAAAAUGUGGAGAGACCCGUUCGCGCACCGCAAGGGCAAAUCAAGCACGAAAAUGCUGACGGCUCGAAGAUCAAUUGGCACUUCGCGCUUCAGAACCAGUGGCGGUCGCAGCUGGCGAACGCUCAGCGGCAUCAGCGCGCCGAGGGCGGCUCGCCCCAGCGUCCCCGGCAGACUCAGCAAGCGUCGCCGCAGCAUCGCGCCCCGGCGCCGCAAGCUCAACCCCAGCAACUCCAGCCGAUCCAGUCCCAGCAGUUCUACAGACCGUACGCAGCGCUGCCGGGUCACAUCAGACAGCUGAUCGAGUCGACUUAUCAGCCGCAAGCUCCUUACGUCGAUCCUUCAUCUUUCCUCUACGGCGCCAGCUUCGUGGCGCCGCAGCAAUACGAGCCGCAACCGUCCGCGGCCGCUUCGGACCUGCAGCCGUCAUUGAGAUACCAAUCGAUCAGUCCUCAAAGAGCGCAGCCCAGACUUGAGUACGACAGAAGAUUGGAACGUCAGGACAGAGUCGUCUACAAGAAUUACGAACAGCCGCAGGAGCAGCAGCAGCAACAGCAGCAGGAAGCUCCGCAAGUGCUGCCGAUAGCGGUUAUACCGGAGCUACCGAUCCCGCCGCUUUAUCUGGACAAGAAUAUGCCGUCGGAGAUCAAGCAGUUGCUCAAGUACCAAGCGCAAAUACCGUACGACGUCACGGCGAAUCGCAUUCAGUACAAGCCGAAGAGCAUCUUCAUCCCCAAGCCGUUGUCCGACGACGUCAAGGGACCUUAUUAUUAUCGCAGCAAGAUUUACUACACGGACGACGAGAACGUCGACGCGGAAUAUCCGCAGGACAAGCCGGUCGACGAGGGGCAGCGUCAUUGACAGAUCAUUGGCCUAUAAUAUGAUUUAUAUAAAUUAGUAUUCUAUCUCGCGAUAAGAGAGAGACGGCCGGUUUUAUCCUUAGACUCGCUCGAGUUGAAUCCCGUUUUCACUCGCGGAAAUGGCUUUCAGCUUUCUAGCGUCAUCAAGGCAUUGUUAGGACGAUUUGUCUUGCGCGCCUUAAAUUAUUGCAUCGCUUGUUAACACUUUGACUUACGUUUGCACUACCGUGUAGUUGACGGCGCAACACGUUACGAUUUUCUCUUUCGAUAAGACGGGAAAAGGACGAACGCCAGAUACUUGUUAGGAUUAGACGCAAUUGAAGAAUUAAAGGAAAAUUGAUAGAAAAUAAUUGCUUGAAUUAAAUAUAAUUAAUGUAGAAUAAAAAAAGACUUGUAAUUCACGAAGAUAAACAGAAAAUUGAGCAAGAAAUGUUUGAUUAAAACGUUCAAGGAAAUUUAUAAUAAUUAUGACAGUAAUAAUAUAAUGAUCCUUAAUACAAAGCAGAAGUAGAAAACUCAGUUUGGCAAUCUUUCUUCGAUCAAUUUCCUGAUUUUUUAUUUCACUCAGUUAGAAAAUUAUAUUCAAUUAGCUUGAU